UUGCUGUCGGCAGUCUUCGAGCAUGUCGCCGAGCACUACGAGCAGCACCCAGCAUGUCUUCCCGUCCUGUACGCCUUCCAGUGUUCAGUAUCUUGCGUUUGUCAAAAAUGGUAUCGCGUGGCAAGCCGAACUCAUCGCAUCUGGCGAACACUUCACACCUUCGGACCAGCGUGCGAUUUUAGGCUGAGGCGGACUGGUUCUGUGCCGUUGCACGUCGUCUGCACUAUAGCCUCGUUUGUUAAUUUCGUGUGCGAUGUUAAUUUUCGUCGAGGCCUCGAAGGCCGGUUGGAGUACCUAGGUAUGACCUCACGGCGCGAAUUCAACAUGUACGGAUCUCGUGCGAUUGAUUUACACCAUAUCCAAGGCACGAUACCUCGACCUCUCCCCUCCCCUGGUGUCCACAAGCUACCCGCGCUGAUAUACGCCACCCUCGGCCCAGCCAGGCUCAACGUGUUCGCCGAUGUCAUCUCUUUUUCCUUGUAUGCACCAGCCCUUCGUCGUCUCCGGAUGCGUACGAUUAUGUGGUCUUGGCACCCACUGAAGAUAUCACCCG